UUACCACCUCAGGUCAGCUUAUACUUGAGGCGAGAGACCUCAGAGGACGUGUUGUUUUGAUCGCGGACUGAGCGAUCGGAGUCUCAGAUAAGCAUUGUAUUGGACGAGUAAAUAAGACUCUGCUUCUUCGAAAAUUCUGAGAGGAAUUUGGUGGCUAAAUGGCCAUCAAUACUCCCCAUGGUGAAAAAGCUGUUCAGAGACCAUCUGCAUCCAAGGAUGGUGAUGAUACCUCUGAAGAGACUCAGAAUGCUGCAAGUGGGCCCCAGCAUGAAACUUCCAAUGAUGAUUUCAGGGGCAGUGGAACCAUAUCAAGCCUUAGUAGUCAGGAGAACUUGCCUUCAGCACUCUCAUCACCUUUUCAAGCUUCACCUCUACCCUCACCUAGUCAGCGUCACUCAUUUAACCCAUCCCCAUCACAGUUAGAAUCCCCUUUGUCGUCUCCAUACUUACAGCCAUCUCUGCUUUCAUCAUCAUCUUCACUUCAGUCUCCUCCCGGAUCUCUUCCAUCUCCUUAUGAAAGAGGCAAUAAUAUAUCCAUAGAACAACUCAAUGAAUUGGCUUUACAAGAUAGUGAAAACAAUAAUGUAGAUGAGAAUAGUAAUCAAGGCUUUGACCAAUAUGCUGGAGUUGCCCACGAUUAUGUGCCAGAUCAAUCUGUAAGACCUCGUGUAAGAGCACAGUAUCCAACUGGAAGAGACCAGCCUGACAGGACCCCUAGUAAUAUUGAAGCAAUACCACUAAUGAGAAGAAGAAGCAGUAGCAGCAGUAGUUUUUCACAUAGGAGGAAUUUGUCUGAAGAUUUAGCUUGCUCACCCACUACAAAUUUUUCAUAUUUUGAUGAUGACUCGGCACAAGGUAUGGAGUAUGACAGGUUACCAAGACUUCCAAACUAUCAGUCAGAUCGAAGAGAUUCAUGGUGCAGCCCUCGGCCCUUACCCCCCCAAGAAGACCCAUCAUUCUUUCAGUCUGUGACAAGAAUCCUGCCUUUAAACUUAAGAGGUGGUGGGUACGGACCCCAGCCACCACCACUAGACGGUAGUAUAGAAGAUGAUGCUCAAGAUUUAUUAAGCAACUUUACUUCUGAAACUCUACUUAGAAAUCGUCUUCCGAACCCUAGCACAGCCAUUAUACAUCAAGGGUAUCGCAAUCCUGCCUUAUAUAGAGUUGGACAGGAACUCAGGAAAUUAGCUGAUGCAUUUGCCAAAACAGAGGAACGCAGGAAUGUUCAACGUAUGGCGGAGUCUGUUCACCUGGAGAGCAUCAAUAUGGAAAAUUUUUUCCAGCUCUGCACAGAAUUAUUUAUGGGAGGAAUAACCCGAGAACGUAUAGUUGCAUUAUUUACUUUUGUGGGAGAUGUUGCAGUCUUUCAUGUGCGGCGCCAAGGACAGCAGUUUCUUCAGGUGUUAAUGAAAUGGUCAUUGCAGUAUUUAGUAGAUCACGUUUGCAGAUGGGUAAAGGAAGCUGGCGGUUGGGGUGCAGUAUUGAGCAGAGGAGCAAAUGCACUGUAUAGAACUGCUGUUUUUGUCUUUUGUCUUAUUGGAACAGUUGCUGCUGGUGUGUAUGUUGUUAAAACCUUGAAAGACUGGUAACAGAAAAUUAUUAUAGGAGUUGUAAUGAAUUGUUUUCAUGUUCACCACCAUUAUUGUUAACAGGAAUUUUUCAUUGUCAUCAUCAUCAUCAACAUUUAUUCUCUGUAAAUAUUUUUGUAUGGUUUCAUAUUAAGUUUGAAUACUAACUUAAGUUAAAAGUAAUGUAUAGUCUUUAAUUUUUGACUUUAGAUUAAGAAGUGAUUAUUUGCAAUUAUGUUUGGCUUAUGAAUUUUUGCUACAAAAUUUUGAUUUUUGUGAAAAUAUGCCAAUUCAGUUCUUUUUGGCUGAAUAGAUUAUACAUAGUGAAUGUUUUGAGUAUGAGCUCAGUAGAUGACAAAUCAAGAGUUGUACAUAAAGAAAAAAGAUGGUAGUGAUAACAAAUUUUUGGAUUGGAAGACAUUUUGUAUGAUUGUUUUUAUUAAGGUAUUUCCUGUAGUCUUUGGCAAUAGUUUUAGAAAUGGUUUUGGCUGUUUGUUUGCUUCACAGUACUUUAAACGGACAGUAAGAGAUAACCUAGCAUUAACCAUCUGAAACUUUGUCAUAUAUUUGUUUUAUUAAUCAAGACAUUUGUCAGUUUUAGGGUUAGUUUAAUAUAUAAUUAUGUAUGCAAUUAUAUUAAAAAAAAACGUUUUAGUCAACUGUAACAGCCUUAGAGUUUGACUUGAAUCAUUCAUCUUUUUCAGAAUACAUACGGAAUUUAUAAUGUUUAAUUUAACUCGAUAGAAGCUGUUCCAAUGUGUGGGUUUCCCAAGUUAAAGAAUGGAAAUGUCUCAUUGAUUGCUCACUAGUUUUUAUUUGACCACGUAGAUAGGUAUUCAAGUAUACAUUAGUACGAUAAUAUAUUUCUUGUGACUUUUUGAUAAUGUGAUUUAAAUUAAUGGGUUGUGAUUUCAUCAUCUUUGUUCCUGUAUCAUUUCUGCAUCAUUAUCAUUAACUAUCACUCCGAGAAUCUUUAUGCAAAUUUUUAUCCUCUUAACACUAAACCUUGCUCAUUUUCAGACAGCACAGCACUAGACAUGCACAGGUUUGUGUUAAUUAAAAGCACAAAUAACACACAUAAAAAUUGGCACUGCAUCUUUGUCAUCAGUUAUUGUUUCAUUUGUUGUUUGUUAAUAUAUGUAAUGGAAAUGUAUUUAACUUGUCUGAAGUAAAGUAAUGUGAAUAGAAUUGCUAACCCUUGAUAUCAUGAGCCAUAAUUCUAAUUUUGAUGUAGUACUUGGACUGUAUGAAAGAUGGAAUUGGCACUUUUGACAAGUCUUGAUUUAAACCAAGCCCCCAAUUCUUGGUUUUGUAAGGUAUUUUUGUCUAUCUACAGAUCAUAAAUAAAACAGCACAAUGGUAGUGUUUUAACUCUGUGGCAUAGUUAAACUAUUUAAUAAUUAUUAGUAAUAAUUUAUGUCUUAAUAAGUACAAGAGGGCAAUGGAAGCCAGACUUAUGCUAUCAGGUUUUUGUGGUCAGGACAUACAUACAGUGGAUUACAUUAACCUAAAAAUUUUAUACUUACAUUUCCAUUAGAUAGCAAAAUUUAUAUGUCAGCUGCCAAUAGAAAGUUUCACAUAACAGUUUCAUGUUGUAAGAAAUUUGAAUGAAAGAAUUACACAUCUGAUUCCACACUGGCAUCAUAGUUAGUUUUUCAGAUGACCUUGGGCUGAUGUUUUGCUCUCCAUAGCUGGUGCUGAACGGUUGCAGUUCAAUACCGCUAACUGAAGUAACAUGCCCCUCCAUAAGAGAUUAGUGUCAUGUGCAUCAGUGUCUCCAGAUGUUAAAGAAAUGUGCCUUUUAUUGAUUACUUUUCAUUUCUUUUAUUGCUUUAGAUUGAACAUGGAAGUUCUACAAGUGCUGAGUUAAAAUUUUGACUUGGUGGUCCAGUUUUACUACUUAGUAUGCUUUUUCUUACCUCAUUGCUUCUGUGGAGCAUUACGUAUUGACUUUCCAGUACAGUUGAGUAACUCGGUGCUUUCUCCUAAAUGCACUGUAUUUUUAUAUGAAUUAAGAGAAAAAUAUAUAAUUUGCUUAUCUAAAUUGUUAGGCAAGAAAUUUUUACAUUCUUUGUAAGUGUAGGGUUAAAGAUUACAGGAAGAGAAGCAUUUUUCAUUAGUAGGAUUAUGAAUUUUAAAAUCUAUAAUUUACAGUAUUUCAGUUAUAUACAUAUUUUUUGUAGUGGUGCAAGUGUUCAUUGAUGCUCAAUGUUGAUUGUAUCUAGGCAAACAUUUUGCUUGUAAAUUAUACUAGGAUAGUUUCUUUGUAAAUGUUUUAUUUUUUCAGUUUAUUUAGUGUAACGCUGCAGUUGACCAGAGCAGUGCAAGUUGUUUAUUUGUAUUAAAAUUGUUAAAAAUUCAUGACUGCAGGCAGCUAGGAAUUUUUUCUCUCAUUUGUCGGUGCAAUAUAAUCGCCAAACAUUUUGUAAUUGUGAAAAAGUUCAGCAGUUUUUUUAAUGCAGCACACUUUACUGCCAUUUGUCAUAAAAUUUUGUCCAUGUGUUGUUCUGACACGGAAAGAAAAUAAAAUUAUUUGUACAAC